AGCAAGCCCAAAACUGACACCUCGGCUUUAGAAGUGAGAAAUGGCAAGGAUAUGCAGGGUAUCCCAUGGGAGAGGCUGAAUUUUACUAGACACAAGUAUCGUGAAUCUCGAUUGAAGGGAUACAAGAAUUUUGAAAAUCUCUCAAUUUCUCAUGGUGAUCUUGAGAAGGUAUCACAGAUAUUUUUUUUUUUUUUUAGCAUUAUGAUUAUGAUUUUUAACUACGAUUUGUUCACUUCGCAGCUGAGGAAUCUCGUAUGGGCAACCUCAAAGCAUGAUGUGUACUUGAUGCAAAAUUAUUCUGUCAUGCACUGGUCCUCCCUGCUCAGGCGGGGCAAAGAAGUGCUCAAUGUUGCUAAACCUAUAGUGUCAUCCUUGAAAAAUCCUGGAUGCUUGGCGCAGCCUCUUUCUAGGGUUCAAAUAAGCACAAUGACUGUGAAGGAAAAUCUGAUGGUUGCAGGUGGUUUUCAGGGAGAGCUUAUCUGCAAGUAUCUGCACCAACCUGAUGUUGUCUUCGGCACAAAGUUGUCCGUAGAUGAGAAUGCCGUCACUAAUGCUGUUGACAUAUAUCACAAUCCUAGUGGUUCACUGAGGGUAAUGACGGCAAACAACGACGCCCAGGUCCAGGUCAUGGACACCGUAAAAUUUGCUUGCCUUGAUCGGUUUACAUUCCCGUGGUCUGUAAAUAACACAUCAGUGAGUCCAAGUGGCCAAAUGUUGGCAGUCCUUGGGGACAAUCCGGACUGUUUGAUUGUGGAUGCCCAGUCAGGAAAGGUGAUAAGCAUCUUAAAGGGUCACCUGGACUACUCAUUCGCAUCCGAUUGGCGGCCAGAUGGACGAAUUUUGGCAACUGGCAACCAGGACAAGACCUGCAGACUGUGGGACGUGCGCAAACUGUCGGAGUCGUUAGCCGUGCUCAGGGGCAGGAUGGGCGCAAUCAGGAGCAUCAAGUUCACAUCCGAUGGCCAAUUCAUGGCCAUGGCAGAGCCUGCGGAUUUUGUGCAUGUGUUUGAUGCCAGGUCUGAUUAUGGGUUGAGUCAGGAGAUUGAUCUUUUUGGGGAGAUAGCUGGGAUAUCGUUCAGCCCGGAUACGGAGGCCUUGUUCGUGGGGAUUUCUGACCGGACAUAUGGAAGCUUGCUGGAGUUCAACCUCAGGCAUUUUGACCAUUAUCUAGAGAGCGUGAUUUGA